AUGGGUUUUAUAUUUCUCAUUCUCAUGAAAAUGGCGGAUAUUGUACGGGCAGCAGGUAUAUUAAUUUAUCGCCAAAAGGCGGGAAGAAACGAGUAUUUAUUACUCCAAGCAUCUUAUCCACCUCAUCAUUGGACUCCACCGAAAGGUCAUGUCGAUUGUGGUGAAGAUGAGUGGUCCGCAGCGGUACGGGAAACGUAUGAAGAAGCUGGAAUAACCGCUGAUCAUUUAGAUGUGCAUAAGAAUUUCGUACAUACUCUAAAAUAUGUAGUCAAAAAAAGCGAUCGAUACGGAACCGAAGUUAACAAGCAAAAAACGGUAAAGUAUUGGUUGGCAAGAUUAAAAAAUGGUAACGAAGUAAAGUUGUCAGAUGAGCAUCAAAAUGUUAAAUGGUUGCCAGUUGAAGAAGCGGUUAACCUUUCACAGUACGAAGAAAUGGGAAAAUUGAUACGAACAGCAGAGGAAUAUUUAACAAAAGUCGAGAAUAGUGCUGCUUAA